AUGGGCAGCGUUGGGUCCGGAAAGACGACUCUGUUACUGGGAAUGUGCGGAGAAGUGAGGCUGACAGCCGGGACAGGGUUUGUGGCUGGCCGAGUUGCCUACGUGGAGCAAAACCCUUACUUCCUUGACGAUACACUGCGGGCAAAUAUUCUGUUUGGAAACAACUAUGAGGAGGAGCUCUACCGGCGUGUUAUUGACGCGUGUGCCUUGGCUGAGGACAUCAGUCGGUGGCCUGAUCGUGAUAUGACUAUCAUAAGCGACGAUGGCGGCAAUAUUUCUGGUGGACAAAAGGCACGGGUGGCACUGGCAAGGGCUAUCUACACGAAGGCGGAUAUCUAUAUCCUGGACGAUCCACUAUCCGCAGUCGAUCCGCACAUCAAGCGCCAUUUGCUUGACCAUGUCUUGCUGAACACGGGCAUCCUUGGCGAUAAGCUGCGUGUUGUA